AUGGCUUCCGCCGAAAACGUGACGGUCCCGUUCUUCAAGAAGAAGGGCCGCGGCCGCCCCGCCACCUCCCGCAAACGCUCCGCCUCUCCCCCCGCCACCGCGGCGUCGAGUCACCUCGCGGCGCCGUCGUCGUCGAGCACGAAGUCCGAAGUCGUCCUCCCCGCCCGCAAGGCCGCGGGCAACCUCCUCAGCGCCGGCACCAAGCGCACCGUCUCCCAGCGUGAAGACGACGACGGCUCCGGAGAGGAGCGCGACGGGCCGGACGUGAAGUGGACCGCGGCGGGCUCGCACUCGGCGGCGGCGCGGGAGAUCAUCGCGGGGGACGAGGCCGCGGAGGUCCUCGCGAAGCGGCGGCGGUCGGAGCGGCGGGCGGCGGGGCUGCCCGAGGGCGAGGACGGGGAGGGGGAGGGCCCGGACGACGGGCUGUACCGGGGGCAAAAGGCGUACGCGUCGCACGUGCGGAAGAGCAAGGAGGUCCCGAAGGCGAUGCGCGUGGGCCCGCAGCGGGCGAGCGGGAGCACGAUCCGGACGGUGACGAUCGUGGACUACCAGCCGGACGUGUGCAAGGACUACAAGGUGGAGACGGGGUACUGUGGGUACGGCGACACCUGCAAGUUCUUGCACGACCGAGGGACCUACCUCGCCGGCUGGCAGCUCGACAAGCUCGCGGCGGAGCCCAAGAAGAACGCAGGCGGGGACGAGUCCGGGUCGGACUCGGACGACGAGGACAUCCCGUUCGCGUGCCUCAUCUGCCGCAAGCCGUACACGGACCCGGUCGUCACCCGAUGCGAGCACUACUUCUGCUCCGCGUGCGCGAUCAAGCGGUUUGCGCGCACGCCCAAGUGCGCGGCGUGCAGCGCGCCGACCGCGGGGAUCUUCAACCGCGCGGACAAGGUGAUCGCGAAGCUGAAGCUGAAGCAGGAGGCACGCGAGGCGGAGGCCGCGGGGGAUGGCGACGAGGCGGGCGGCGGCGGCGGCGGGGUGCAGAUCACGGGUCUAGGAGACGACGAAGACGACAAUUAG